AUGAAGAAUAUUACUGAUAUUAACGAAAUAUUUACUGAAGGUUUUGAUGAUGUAAAAUACGGAAAAGAAGAGAAGAAAUACGAAUCUCUUGACUUUAUACGGAGAGAAAUGAAAGUUUUUCACACGACUUACAAAGUACACAAGACCUUAGAGGGCCACUCUUCUAUUGAGAAGAAUAAUGAAACUUCUCGAUUUUUGUGCUCUCGAUAUUACAAAGUAGGAUUUAGAUUUGAUCCUAUUUUUAAUAAAGAUUGUUGGUCAUAUGGAAGGAUUAUGAAGUCAAAGAAAAUAAUAAAAAUUAAAGACUGUAAGCAAGUGAACAAGGAUAUUUGUAAAGAUGGGGAUAGAAGUGAAGACAUAGUCAAGUACGUUGCUGGAGAUGCCGGCAUCUCGAAAUCUGCACUUAAGUAUUGUAGAUAG